GGAGUUUGUGAAGCCAACAGCAGCAUCAUGUUCUACGGUUCUUCAUCCGGGGCCAGUAUGUCCCUACCGUCCAAGAACCGCCUGAAACGCCAGAGUAGGACCUUCACACAGGUCCUGUACCGUACUCUGAGUUACAGAGACCGUGUUGCCGCAGAAACCGGAACGAACACCCGCGCGGACCGGCGCUCGACGACCGAGCCCCCGGAGCGACCGGCGGACGACCCGGCCGAGCUCUCCACACAGAGCUCGGCCCCUGGGGUGCUGAAGAUUUUCGGGGACGAGAUCUGCGCCGGUGCCAACUACAAGAGCGUCCUGGCCACGCCGCGCUCCAGUGCGCAGGAACUGGUCAAGGAGGCACUCGAGCGUUACUCGCUCAACAAGGAUGCCGCCCACUCUUACGUCCUGUGCGACGUGAUCGGACGUUUGGAGGGAGGAGGAGGAGAAGGAGGCGGUGGGUGGCGGACCGAAUGCCUGCGCGCGCUGGGGGACAACGAAAAGCCGCUGUUGCUCCAAGAGCUGUGGAAGCCCCGAGAAGGACACGCUCGCAGAUUCGAGCUGCGCAGGAGAGCAGAGGUGGAGGAGCUCAACGCCAAGGAGAAGGACACCGUCACCGCCGAUAUUAAUGCUCAAGCUCGUAAGCUCCAGAGGAACAGGGCGAAGGGGACACUGACCCUGCCCCGGUCCAGCAACUCGUCCUUCUGCCGCAGCCUCAGUGAAACCAGCCUCAACCAGCUGGGAGUAGGAGAGGAGCCCAAACGUUAUUACUCCACCCUGCCAGGGCCCUUGAGGGGCCGAGACCGUGAAGUGGCCUCCAGCGGCCGGAGGAAAGAGGAGGGGAGCCAGGGAGGCGGAGGGGUGAGGCACUCUCUGUACCAGUCGCCACAUCUCCUGCUGCUGCAGGGAUACAAUCGGCAGGACUGCCUGGUGUACCUGCUGAAUAGAGAGCAGCAUACGGUCGGUCAGGAGACUCCGUCAGCUCGCCCCAACAUCUGCCUGUUCUCUCCUGACAUCCUGCCCCUCCACUGCCGCUUGCGCAGAGUUCCUGCACCCCGUCGCCAUGCCAACAACAACAAGGGAGAAGAGUUGGCGGAGAGUCAGCGGUCCUGUGUUGCCGUUGAGCCUGUGCUCCACGCCACCGUUCUGGUGAACUUUUCCCGCUGCGAGCGCUCCACCACGCUGCGACACGGCGACCUCCUCUCCUUUGGAGCGCAUUACAUCUUCCUGUACAAGGACCCCACAGGCGCUAAGCCUCUGCCUGCUCAGACAUUGGCACGCCUCCGCACCCUCGGGCAGCUUUACGAUGUAGGAGGGGAGGAAGGAGAGGGUGGAGCUCAGACUUGUAAGAUGUGCGGUUCUGUGCUGAAGGACAGAGCAGCGCAGAUGUCGAGUGUUCCGGCAGUUAGACGCAGCUUCAAACCUCAUCUGGUGAAACCGUGCAGCGGGGUGACAACAGCAGGAGGACCCCUUAGUUUGUCAGCAGGGGAUGGAAGAGGAGGAAGAGGAGGAAGAGGAGGAGGAGGAGGUCAGAAAAGGAGGCUACAGCUGGAGUUUGACCAGGCUCAUGAAGACCAACUGUUGAACAGAAUCGUGUCCCUCAUAGAACCUGGAGGAGACGACCAUAAACUGACACCAUCUUACCUGCUGUGUCUGUGCAUACAACACUCUGCCUCAACCUUCCCACCUGGGAGUUUUGGAAAGCUGCUUCUCAAGAUUGUGCGGCGAAUCCAGACCAUCGCAUGGGAGAAAACAAAGGAGCUGGCUCAGAAGCAAGCUCAACACCAGGACCCGGCCUCCCUCUCUCUGCUCAGUAUCUCCGACUUGGUCCCAGACCUGCAGACCAUCUUCUUCUGGAUGUCCAAUUCCAUCGAGAUCCUCUACUUUAUACAGCAAAGAGCACCAGCAUACACACACAGCAUAGAGACAAUGCAAGGGUCAAAGGAAUCGUUGCUAUCGGCGACCAUAUCAGCCAAUGAGGAUGCAAUGACCAUCUUGGAAGAAGUGAUCAUGUACACUUUCCAGCAAUGUGUCUACUACAUCACCAAGGCUCUUUACGUGGUGUUGCCAGGUUUGUUAGACUGUAAUCCAUUCCCACUCGAUGGCUCUGAGCCCUGCUGGAAAGGAGGUGUAGGCUUUCCUGAACCUGUACGCAGGGUCCUGCUGGUGUUUCAAAAUGCCCAGGAGCUUUUGCAGGGCUACCAAGUCCACCCUGAGAUCCAGGCUCAGAUGUUUGCUUACCUCUUCUUCUUCUCCAAUGUGUCGCUGUUUAACCAGCUAAUGGACAAAGGUCCAUCUCGGGGUUGGUUCCAGCGGUCCAAGGUGCUGCAGAUUCAGGCGUGUUUACGAAUGGUCAUGGAGUGGGCGAGCAGGUCAGGCCUGGGACAUCUGGCUGACAAAUUCUUCACCAAACUCAACAGCACUGUGUCCAUUCUAGCUACACCCCCACAACAGCUCACACAGCUGAGCUGGCGAGCGUUGUCCAGUGAGCACCCGACUUUGAAACCGGUCCAGCUUCACAGGAUUCUCACUCAGUACCAGCUCACCGCAGAGAUAGGCCCUGUCCCAAUAUGGCAACCCAGCAGCGAGGACGAGGCUUACAUAUACAGAACAGUGGACCUCCUGGAGAGCUUUGAGAACCACCCGCCCAUAGUGUUGCCCAGCGCCGGCUUCAGAGUGGACCUGGACAGCGAGUGCGUGGAAGACAGCAUCUACAGACAGCUGCUCUACGUCCGCCACUACCUGUGGGGGCUACGCACCAAGACGCAAGCACACAUCAACGCUCCCAGUGUGCACACACACUCCAACGGGACCAACACAGCUGACUGGCCCGACGUUCAGAGGGAGCUGCUGCCACCGGCCCACAGCAGUCCCCGCUCGGGGGGUCCCGGGGACGAGGGGAUGGCGGAGACGGGCGAGGAGAGAGGACGGGACAGGCCCUCAGGCCAAACACAUACACAGAGCCUCAGAAGGAACGGCGCCAUCCACCACCAGCGAACAGCAAAUCCGGACCCGUCCUGCCUCUUGACCCCACCCAACACCCCGCUGUAUCCAGAAGGAGGAGGGGGACCUGGGCCGAUCAUAAACCUAAACACCCAGACUAAUGGCUGCACCAGCCGAGCUGUGGCAGAAUGUAAGAAGACCAACGGACUCAUCACCAACGGACUGGAAGGGUGUAUAAGUGGGUGUGAGUUUCCUUUCCCUGUAUCCUCCCCUGGCGCCCCUCCCCUUCCUGAUGACUUGUGUGUGGUGUUUGUAGUGGAACUGGACAAGGGACCCUACGGACUGGGCAUGGGACUGAUAGACGGCCUGCACACCCCCCUCAACGCUCCAGGCAUUUACAUCCGGACUCUGAUCCCUGACGGACCUGCUGCCUCAGACGGCAGACUGAGGAUCGGAGACUGCAUCCUGGCAGUGAACGGGACCAGUCUGAUAGGAGCAGACUACCAGAGCGCGGUGGAUCUGAUUCGUCUGGGAGGAGGGCGACUACGUUUCCUGGUAGCCAAGUCCGACCCCGAGGUUUCAGAGAAGAUCAGUGCCUCCUCCUGCUGACCACCUCCACUGCCCAGCUAAGACACGCACACACUACACAAGAGGCAGGGUGAGGAGGCCAACUCAAGAGUGUCAAGACGUACAACCCAGCUCUCCUUUUUCACAUUUAACUUCAUCAUUGAGCUUGACCUCCACUGGAAAAAAAAGAUGAACUGUCGAGGCUCGACGCGCACAGCAGACGUGCAGCUGUUGCGGGACGUUGUUUAUUAAUUACAAGAUCGUCAAGACAUCAUGCUUCAAUCCAGAGUUUCUGAUGCACAAUCCUGGUGUGUAUAAACCAGCCCCUUUUCUUGUGAAUAUGUGCUCUAUGUAUCUGGUUAAGAGGUGUAAAUAAUUGUAAAUAUUUAACACUUGGUCACAUACUGUUGGGAAAAAAAGAGAAACUGCAUUUGGGGAACUUAGCUGCAUCCGUUAAUACUGAAACCUGCUGAUUGGGGGGGGGGGCGACGACU